AUCAGCGCACAGGCGCGGGACUCGACAGACCAAAACAAAAUACGAGCCUGGAGAAACGAUCGGUGAAGCCGCCUCAAGAAACGUUCCUACGAGCUGGUGAGUCUUCGCGAGACGAAGGGUUCGCACACUCGAAUCGGUGCAGAACCCGUUCUUCCACUCACGAACUCCCCGAUUUGUGCGACUGGGAAGGAUGGCAGAAGAGGCCGAGAAUCAAAGUGCGCCAUGCGUCAUGAACGAGCCGCUCGACAUGGUGAGACUUUCCUUAGACGAACGUAUCUACGUGAAGAUGAGGAACGAACGUGAACUGCGAGGACGUCUGCACGCCUAUGAUCAGCAUCUCAACAUGGUCUUAGGGGAUGUCGAGGAGACGGUCACUUCGGUGGAGAUCGACGAAGAAACGUUCGAGGAGGUUUACAAAACGUCCAGGCGAUCUAUUCCAAUGCUCUUCGUCAGAGGAGACGGCGUGAUUUUGGUUUCCCCACCAUCGAGGCCGACCAUGUGAAGUGAAAUGUCAUGCAGUUCUGUAAACUUGUCCAUAAAAAGUUUUAUUCCCGGACAA